AUGGACAACGAUUUUGAAAAUUCUUCUGAUUCUGAUCCGUUUGUAUCUACACGGAAUUAUUCGAGUGAUUUCAGUAAACAACCAAAAUCUAUCCUAAAACAACGACAAGUAGCAGAAUCUCUGUUAUCACCAUCUACCUGUGAUAUCAGUGAUAAUACAUCUGAGCGUUAUGUUGAAAGGAUUCAAAUUAGUGACACUAGUGAUAAGAAAGAAAAACAACAAUUCAACGAUCAAUGCUGUGACAUAUCCGAUCGAAUGAGUCAAUCUUCUCAUUCUUUCAAUCUCAGUUCAAAUUUGACUGAACGCGAGAAUAGGCUAUAUCAAAUUAUGCAGGAAAAUCUGCGACAACAAAGACUGUUACGACGACCUCAAACACCACGUCAUCUUCCGCAAGCCUCGUUUAAUGGACCUUUCUUUACUCUCGAAGAAGUUCACAUCAAGCAGCAAAGUGAAUCAUUGGAAAAACAACAAAUUCCUGUUGAAGAAUAUCGUUUUGAAACUGAUUAUCACUUAAUCAGAAAAGAGCAACAAAAUUCUAUCGAUGAUUCGAACCACAAAUUAAGCUAUGAUAGUCGAUCAAAAUCGGUAUCAGUAAUGGAAAUGAAUGUAAUGGAACCUGAAAAAAAUAACGAAAUUAAAGAAAGUGUUGUUGUUCCAUCACUACAGCCAGCAAAACAAAAACAUGAACGUGCUCGAUCGGUUCCACCAUCAUUAAGAACCAGAAAUAUUACUGAUCCGGAUCGAAUUAAUGAGUACCAUCGACAAAAACAACUUGAACUGGAAGCUAUGAGACUUAAUGAGGAAAAGGCUAUUUUAUUCAGAGAGAAGCAGUGUCGUGCUUUGGAAAAGCAAGAACAUUUGUAUUGUCAACAAAUGCAAACAAAAGGAAGUAGAAUAAUUAGUCCAGCAAUAGAGGACUCAAUGACACAAUCUCGUGAAGAAUUACAACAGAUCGAUAUUAAUGCUCAAAAACGACAAAAAGAAUUUUACUUUGAGAAGAAUAUAGAACCACAAUUGAUGCAUAUUUAUGAAACGCGUCCUAUUACGGCGACAUCUGAAGGUGACGCACAAAGUGAACUUAUCUGCUCUCCAAAUUCGAUAACCUGGAAACGAGUGUAUGUUGUUGAUCAAUUAAAACCAGUUGCUAAAAAUGAAAUUAUCACCAGUGAACAACUUCUUGAAAAAGAACGAUUCGAUAUUGACUUAUUAAAGCGCCGUGAAGUAUUUAUUGAAAAACCAAGACCUGAACCGGUGAUUUUCCGAACUGGGAAACGAUGGAAACCACCACCGGAACAAUCUAAUGUUUGGCCAUAUGUAGGUAAAGCAUUAAAUGCUGAGCCAAGCCUUGAAAGUAGUAGUAACUACUCUACAGAUAAUGCAACAGGUCGAACAAAUGAAUUCCGAUGGCAACCAGUUAUCUAUGAUCCGGAAUACAAAAAGGAAUGUAAGAAUUUCAGUCCGGAAAAUUCAUUACCUGAUACAUUACGAGGAUAUGGUCCUGGUCCAUUAGAUGUAUCUGCAAAACGUCAAAUCAGGCAUGUUGUUCAACCGUUACCUGAUGGUAGUCAUAGACCGAAACCAGCAUUCGGUGGUCCACGUGCUACACCAUCUGGUGGCUUCUAUCCUCAUGCACCAAAUGCUAUUAAGGUACUGAAAAAGAAGCACUCACAAAGCUUACCGGAAUUAAUUGAUGCGGAUCCGGAUAAGGAAAUGGAAAUUAUCCAUCACAGAAAAUUUCAUCGAUUUGGAGAGUUACCAUCUUCGCGAUGCUAUGAUAUAGCUGAUUGGGAGAAAAUUUACGAUUUGCCAGUACACACAUCCACGAUAACGUCACGUGACAUACCUCGUAACGUGAAUGUACGUGGAAAGCUUGCAGCAUUUGAAAAUAAGCUAAGACUAACAACUCCUUCAGUUCAUUUACGUUCAAAUACAGGUAACACACGUUGUUCACGUGCAACUAAUAUCGAUGAUGGCUUGCAGUCAUCAGACAAUGAACAAAUGAACCGAAAUCGGCAGUAUUUACGACAACAACGACACCGACAACAACAAUUUUCGCCAACUAUAGCACACAAUGAUAAUAAUAAUUAUUAUAAUCAUCGAUCAUAUCAGACAAAUAAGCAGCAACGAAAUGAACGGAAAAUAAUUCCAUCCGGUGGUUCAUUAACUCAUCAUAUCGAUCAUUGCAACGUAAAUCAAACCAAUCGAUUAUGUUCAAUCAAUCAUCCUGAUAACUGUUAUCAAUUUAAUCGUGAGAUGUUAUCACAAAAAUUAACACGUCCUAUACGUGAUCCUUCAGACCACAGUCAUUAUCAGUAUCGCAUUCCUGUUUUUCGUUCUGAUCGUACGUCAACUGCAUAUCAGCAGCAGCAGCAGCAAUUAUCAGCAAAAUCACAAGCUGUUCCACGUCGUCUAACACGUAUACCUGUAAAUUGUGUCGCAGAUCGAAGUAAUCCUCAAAUGAUCGACGUACAACGACUACCAUCACGAAUCUCAACUAAUACACAGUGGUAG